AUGGCUCCAUAUCUCCUCCUUGUCCUGCACAUCCUUUUCUCCCUCACUGGAGGUAAGUGAGGGAACACCUUUUAUUAAUUGCUGUUAAUAUCAGGGCUCAGUUCCUCCAAGUCAGACACAGUACAUUCUGACAUUCAUUGGACUUGUAAUGUUCUGUCUACUUUACCCAAGGACAUUAUAGUCACAUUGUACAUUGUCAUAUUUGGUCUGAAGUGUUGAUAAGUGCUGUUUUUAAUGAUACGUCUCCACAUUCAACAUUUGUAUUUUUCAGCAGUUCUCUUAUUCAAUUAUUUUUCCAGUAAAUGACAACUAACUAAGAAAUAAAAAAUAAAAAAGCUCCCAUGUCUAUAAAUAUCAUUGUAGAUAACAAAUAUUUGUACCUAUAUGAUUUGUAACAAAUUUAGUAACAUAUUUUACACAAAAAUUUUAUGCAGGAACAUUUUCUUGACAUGUUCAUGGUUGUACUGCAGUAGUACAGUAUCAGAACAACCAUCCAGAGAAUGUUACAAUAUACAAAAUAUUCCAAUAAACUUCAACUCAUUAAUCUUUUCAAUUGAAACUAGAGAUUGUCUUCUUAGUUUAGGGGUGUAGUAUUUCAAAGAUAAGUGUGAUUUUAAUGGUCAAAGUGUUGCCUCUGAUCAUGGCUAGACUUGGGUGUGACAACAUCAGCACUUACGAUAGAUAUCUCAGUCAUUCUCUGGUGUCACAACCACAUUUGGCCUAAUUUCCAAAGUAAUUUGGCUGAUCAGCUGGUGGGCCUUGUUGUUGUGUAAAAUGUAUUAAUUUAAAACAGUUUUUUGUUGUUGUUGUUGUUGUUGUGUCUACAGGUACCCAGAGUGUGUCCACAGUGAGUCAUGUGUCUGUAAAGCAAGGAGGCUCCAUCACCAUCCCAUGUCUCUAUGGUCAGAUAUAUAGAAACCAUGUGAAAUACUGGUGUGGGGGAUCUAGUUGGCUAGGUUGCUCUACUGUAGUACGCACUGACCAUCCUAAGACCAGUGGUAAGACCUCAAUCUCUGAUGACAUCAAACAGCGAGUCUUCACUGUGACAUUGACAAGUAUAAGUCCUCAUGGAGAUUAUUAUUUCUGGUGUAUUGUGGAGAAGACAACGAAAGAUGAUGGGGUUCAACUGCAGCUAUCUGUUACUCCAGGUAAGAUGCACUGCUUGCGUGUCCAGUAAUACAGAAUGAAAGUGCUCAGUAAUGUUGCAUGGACAACCUGUCGAUGAGUGUGUUACUUUUCCCUUUGUAGCUGUAGGAGACAAUCACAAAUACUUUCACCAAAUAAAUCCAUAGAGGAAUAUUGCUAUGUUAUAAAAUGGGAUUUAACAUAUCAGUCACUGCUGGUUUUUCCAAUGAUACAGCAACGUGUGCUUUAUCAAACAUAUCGUCUGUUCUGACCCAGGAGACCCACAGAAAUAAUUCAUUUAAUUUAAUCUUGAAUAUAUUAUUUGAUUAUUGAAAAUGGCUACAAUGCAAAAAGGCACAAAAUAAGUACAUUUGUCUUACAAAUUUCAUUCAGCAUUUGAUUGAACUCCAUAGACAGUUGAAUAUUGCUAUUAUGAGAUAAUUCACUUUUGUGUGUUACUUUAUAGGGGCUAGUGUAUCUUUAACAAUAUUUAUAACAAUGGUGACUUUAGGAAAUCUCCCAAUCAUAUGGGUGUGAGCUUUUAUCUGACUCAUCAUAUCACAACUUCUUAUCUCCAUUGUGUUCAGGUACUCCAGAACUCUAUGUGGAUCAACAAGAAGUGUCUGGAGUUGCAGGAGGGAAUGUCACUGUGCGUUGUUACUAUAGUGAACCCGCAACCAGAGGGAGGUGGUGCAGGAUGGGUGGGGGUGGAAAAUGUCUGCAGAAUUCUGGAAUUCUAGAUAGAACAUCUGUGACAUUACACCAGCAGACCAAUGUUGUCACCAAUGGCAGUGUUUUAACGGUGACUAUGAGUGCACUGAGGAUGGUGAACACUGGCUGGUACAGGUGUGAAAAUGGAGACCAUCAGAUGCCUGUUCAUAUCACUGUCAAUCAACAAACCACAAAGCAAAAUACCACCACCUUUAGUAAGUACUGAGCUACAAUUAUUGGUAAAUAAUACUUUACUUCCCACUUAGAAGCUAGUUUGAGAAAUGAUGAAAGUACAGUUUUUUUCUUCAACCUUGACACUGACAACCUUUCCAAUGCCAUCAGCCCAACACAUCUCUGCUGGUAUAUCCGGAGAAUCUGCAGUCUCUUCUCAGCCGCCAGUCAACAAAAUCCAG